AACAGAACUCCGUUAUAGAGAGAGAAUGUUGAAGCUCAGGAGUUUGUUUCUCGUUGUACUAUUUGCGAUUUUGUCCACAACAGAUGGACAUUUUCUGGGAACCCUCCGAGAGUGCCUUUACAGUUCUGAGGACCUACAUGACAUAACCUUCAUAGACAGUUACAUUUUCAACAAGGUAACCAUUCUUCAGUACAACAGCACUAUUGGGAAGUUUGUGGGAUACACUGAGUUGGGCAUCAAAAAUGCAGAGAGACUGAACAAUGAUCCUACAGUACUGCAAUCAGAAAGAGCCAAUUUGGAAAAUUUCUGUAAGAAUGGAGCCAAGAUCAGAUACCCGAGCAUCUUUGAUAAAACAGUUAUGCCACAGGUUACAUUAGAGUUAAUAAAGAAGGCUCAAGGCUCCAGUCCGGCCAGGUUGAUGUGCAGCGCUUAUAGUUUUUACCCCCCAACAAUCCAGCUGACUUGGCUAAGAGAUGGUAAGGUGGUUGACGGGGGCGUGGUUUCCACUGAGCAGAUGCCAAAUGGAGACUGGUACUACCAGGUCCAUUCCCAGUUGGAUUUCAUGCCUAAAUCUGGAGAGACCAUCGCCUGCGUGGUGGAGCACCCCAGUGCCGUAAAGCCGAUGAUCUUUUUAUGGAAACCCUCUGCUUCUCGAGCUGACAAGAUCAGGAUUGCUGUCGGACUUUCAGGUUUGGUUUUGGGGAUCUUGGUGUCAGUUGCUGGAUUCUACUACUACUACAAGAAGAAACUGGAACCUGGUUCUAAAUCUGAGAAGAGUAAGAUUGCUGUCAAAGCCUCAGACCUGCUGCUGAAUGCUACAUUAUCAGCUGCUGGAUUCAUUAAGAAAAAAACUUCAGGACGGGUGCUGAUGGCCCCUUUUCUCCAGAAUCACCAGUCUAAAGCUUGACUGUUUUUUGCUGCUGAUCAGAUGAAUAAAAAAAAGCAGGCACAAGAUUAAUUCUAAAAAUCUAAAACUAAUCAUUUAAAUCAUUUGUAAUACAGUAUUGUAUUAGAUUUUCAUGGAAUAACUUUUUUUUUUGUUAAAAUGACAUUAAAUUUUGUGUAUUUGAAUUGCGUUGCUUAUUUCUAAAAUAAAAUGUG